AUGGGAGCGGGCAAGAGCAUCAAAGAGAAGAAUGAAGCAUCAAUUCUUCGUCAUCCUGAACAGGGUGAAGCCAGUGCUCUCUAUUGGGCUUGUCGAGCGGGUAAUUUCGACACCGUUCAAAAACUUAUUGCAUCUACUCCGUACGUUGAUAUCAAUCGUCUCGAACCGAACGGGAGCACAGCUCUACAUGCAGCCUCUUUCUUCGGUCAUGCUGACAUUGUUCGACUUCUUCUUCAUCAAUGCGGCGUUAUGCGUCAUCGACGAAAUCUGCACGGUUUCACUGCAUAUGAGGAGGCAGAUACUGACGAGAUUCAUGCACUCUUUCAUCGUUCAUCGGGCUCACAACGAUUCUGUAGUGACAUCGUUGUUGAUGCUAAACAUCUGUUUACUUGGAUUGGUGAUGAAAAAAUAGAAUACAACGAUGAGAUGCCCCAAGUCUGGCGUCAAGAAGUAAAUAACGACAUGAGUCAAUAUAGUCAGUUGGCCGCACAUAUUGGAAAAACGAUUACUACAUCAUCGGUUGUACGAUCAUUAAUUCCACUUAUAAUUCAUUACAAAGAUCAACCCGAUCUUGUAUGCGCCGAAAGUAAGGCUGCAACAGAUUUACAACAUCUUAUUGAUGAAUACAUUACUCCAUCACAUACUGAGUAUCGGAAGGCAUGCGUUCUUGUCUCUAAAUAUGUAACAACGAAGGAUGUUGAACAUCUCGAAGAAUAA